AUGUAUACAGAGGCAUUGUUUCCCCCCACAGUCGUCCGUACGGGGAUACCGGCGCCCCCGGGACGGGGCCCCCAACACCAUGAGGCCAGUGUCGAGAGACGAAAGGCAAAAGAAACAUUACACGAGGAACGAGUCUAUGGCCCGCGACCACCCGCUACCGCGAACCAUAAGCGGGUUUCGUCGUUGCUUCCAAGCACCGAUGCGGUGCGACUAUCCAGGAUUGAUAAAGCCAGGAACCGAAAAAAAGGAGGCCACCACUGGAUGGUUGACCCCGCACGACGCAUGUGCUGUGGAUCGUGA